AUUUCUUACCAUUUGCGAUACGGUCACCUUGAUUGCUGAAAAUCAACAACCGUGUGGGGAAACUGCUCCCCAAAGUUAAAAAUGGCCCAAUUUGAAAAGGAAAUUGUGCAGGCAGUGCUGAUAGCCGACAACAAUGUAUGGAACUUCAAACCCCUCUCCGAUGAGGGCUCCACGGCUCUGCUGCCGCUGGUCAACGUGAAGAUGCUGGACUACGCACUCAUCGCCCUUAACCGCAGCGGUGUGGAGGAGGUUUUCGUGUACGCCAGCCUAUACCUGCAAGACAUCCGUGAUCACAUCAAGGCCGGCAUUGCCACGUACGCGUCCUGGUCCUUUAAGAUGACCGUACAUGUGAUCGGCGGCGAGGGAUGUCGGUGCUUCGGCGAUGCCAUGAGGGAUCUGGAUGCUAAGGCGCUGAUACGCGGAAACUUUAUUCUCUUGGGUGCCGAUACGGUGACGAAUGCCGACUUGCGCCCGAUGCUGGAGCAGCACAAGCGACAGGCCAAGUUUGACAAAGGCACUGCCGCCACGCUGGUGUUCAAGGAGUGCUCUAACAAUGUGCGCACCGGCAAUGAGGUCCUAAUCGCUGUGGACCGCCGAAACGAUAGACUGCACUACCAUCAGCGGCUGAGGAUGAACCAAAAGGAGCCACGCUACCAGAUACCUCUGGAUGUGUUCCUAGGCAACUCCUGUGUGGCAUUGCAUCAUAGCCUCCUUGAUCCUCAGAUUGCUAUUGGCUCACCUUCGAUGUUGUCUCUGUUUAGCGACAACUUUGAUUUCCAAACGCGGGAUGACUUUGUGAGAGGCCUGUUGAUCAACGAGGAGCUGUUGGACAGCAGGAUCUAUGUGGCUUUGUUGCCGGCCGCCCAGUACGCGCACAAAGUGAACAACUGGCCGGCCUACCAGCUGGUCAGCCGGGACAUAAUCAACCGGUGGGCCUAUCCCCUUGUACCGGACAUGGGCGUUUAUAAGCUGCAGCAGCAAUAUGUCUUCCACAAGGACAAUAUCUACAAAAGUCACGAGGCGCAGGUCUCGAAGGUGGCGCUGCACCAGAACGUGGUCAUCCAGGCAGGAAGUCACGUAGACACUGGAUCAGUGAUAUGCGACAGUGUGAUUGGCGCCAACUGUCAAAUUGGAAAAAACUGUCGGCUGACCAAUGUGUUUCUGUUGGACAACGUAACCGUUAAGGACAACUGUCGGCUGGAGCACUGUGUGGUGGGUGCGGGAGCUACUAUCAACGAGAACUGCGACGUAAGCGCCGGGUGCGUUUUGGGAGCUAAGAGUGUACUGCCUGCCAAGACAACACUGGCCAAGACUUUAAUCACCAGCACGCCCACAACACAGCGUAGCGAGGAAGAGGUUACAGUGGAACUGGAGUCAAUUGGUCCGCAUGCAUUCAUUGUCAGCGAUCUUACGACAGGCGAUCCUGAGGACUCGGAAGGCGAGGAUUUUUUGCCACAGCAACCACUCAGCAUACCAAAAAUGGGAGACUUGUUGGCGCCGUUGGACGAUAUCAGCGACUGCAGUGACCUCAGUGAGGAUGACGAGGAUGCUUCACGAGCUGUGACGCCGCUGCCUGAUGACACGAACAUUUUCCUUGGCGAGGUCAUUGAUUCGCUGUCUCGCGGCUUCCGGGAGAAGUCCAAUCCCGAUUUCCUUAUCCUCGAAAUUAACUCCUCGCGCUAUGCGUACAACAUGUCCCUAAAGGAGGUUAACUUUAACGUUGUGAAGGCUGUUUUUGGCAUGCAAAGCAUCGUAGAACCGGCAAACAACAACGUAUUGGUGGCCAUUAAUGCCGCAUUCAAACAACUGGGACCUGUGGUAUCCAAUUACAUAAAAAGCGAGGAUGCCAUGAUGGAUUGCCUAAAGGCGCUGGAGGAUGUGUACGAGGAGAAUCUUCUAGUGCGGGAGAAGAUCUCGCAGGUUGUGCACUACCUGUACGACAAGGACUUUGUGUCUGAGGAUGCUAUCCAGGCCUGGUACGGGCAAUUGGACGAGGAAGAACAUGCACACUUACGCCAAAGUUUGGCGAAGCUUGUGGCUUGGCUGGAUCAGUCCAGUGAAGAGGAGGAUGACGAUGACGAUGAAGAGGAUUAAGCAUAGGUUUUGUCGCCAUUUUAUAGUUUUCUUCUAAGCCUAUUUUUUGAUCCAAAAAAGGUUAAAUAAAAAUAGAAAUUCAAGAAAAUGAAAC